AUGAACUCAAAGGCGACGCAGGAGCGCCACCAGCGCAUGCUCGUCGAGCUCUCGCGCCAGCCGGGCAACGACGUCUGCGCAGACUGCCGCGGGAGAGCGCCGCGCUGGGCAUCCUGGAACCUCGGCAUCUUUCUCUGCGUGCAGUGCGCCGGCGUCCACCGAAAGAUGGGCACCCACAUCUCCAAGGUCAAGUCCCUGACCCUCGACACCUGGACCCGCGAGCAGGUGGACAAGAUGAAGGACAUGGGCAACCUCAAGAGCAACCGCAUCUUCAAUCCGGACGAGGUCCGCAACCGCCCGCCCACCAACAUCGAGGAGAGCGAGCGAGACAGCGAGCUGGAAAAGUUCAUACGCGCAAAGUACGAGUACCGCAAGUUCAUCGACGCCAAGCCACCGCCCGUGCCCAAAAAGGACGCCACUUUCCUCCGCCUGCCCUCGUCGUCGUCGCCCGCAUCGUCGCUCCGAUCGCCCUCGUCGCCAGUAGCCUCGUCGUCCUCGUCGAUAUCGUCCCUGUCGCAGCAGCAGCAGCAGAGGAACGGCAUCUCCAACGGCGUCAGCAGCGGCCGCCGGCAGAUGACGGGACAGGACUCGAUGCUCGGCGUACCCUCGGACCGUCUCGCAAAAGCCAACAGCAUCUCGCGCUCCCGCACCGCCCCCAUCCCAUCUACGUGGGCCGAGGCCCAGGCUCGAGCCCGCAGCACCGAGCCCAAGCCGCCGCCCAUGCCCGCCGGCGCAGCAUCCUCCGCCGCGGCCGGCACUGCUGCUUCCGCUGCUGCUGCGACGAGGUCGACGAUUACGACGGCCUCUUCGUCCCUGGGACCGCCCUCGGCCGUGCCGCCACGCGCAUCGAGUGCGAUACCCAGCGCCCGGUCUGUGCCGGCUCAGGGCGCAGGCCAGCCGACGGCCCAAUCGAGCGUGUUCGACGACCUCGUCUCGCUCAGCGGCCCUUCGAACGGCACAUCGCAGCCGCCGCCGCAAAUGAACCCCUGGUCGCACCUCCAAGCGCAGCAGCAGCAGCAGCCGAUGUUUAGCUCGCCGGCGCCACAGGAUCCCUCGGCCAACUUCUGGGCAUCUGGCAUGGGUGGCUCAGCCACAUCGCCGUUCGGCGGAAUGCAGGCGCAGGGGUUGAGCGCGACACACCUGGGAGCGACGGCGUUUGGAGCACGACCGCCACCACCGCAGCACGCCAAUACGCUGCCCAACUUUUCCCUCACCUUGCCCGAUGGGCAGCAGCAGCAGCAGCAGCAGCAGCAGCAGUCGAUGUUCGGCGCCGGCGUCGGCGGGGGGAUAGGGGGGAUGGGCGGGUUCUCGCCGCAGCAGCAGCAGUACCGCAGCGCGAGUCUCGGUUCCAUGGCCUUUUCGCCGGCGGCGGUCGGCAACCCAUUCUCGUCGCCUGGCGGUGGCGGCGCAGGUGGAAUGGCGCCGCAGCAGAGUGGGUUCCUCGGCGCCGGCGGCGGUGGUGGUGGUGGUGGUGGUGGUGCGGGCUCGUUUGGCGGGUUCGCGGCCAGCCCGUCUGCCUCGCCAUCACCUGGUCUUGCCACCGGCAUGGGCAUGGGAAUGGGGAUGGGCAUGGGGAUACAGCAGCAGCAGCAGCAGAAUGGCGCCACGUCGCCGUUUGGCACGUUUGCGAGCGCCAUGAUGCCCAACCAGCAAGGGCUCUACCAGACCCAACAGCCGCAGCAGCAACAGCAGGGGCAGGGGCAGCAGUAUGGGCAGCAGAUGCAGAUGCAGGGCCAGUCCGGUCAAAACGGCCUCUACGCCGUCCAGGCGGGUCAGCAGGCGUUUGGCGGCGGCGGCAUGUGGGGAUGA